AUGGCUACUCAAGGUCAAGUUAUUACCUGCAAAGCGGCGGUGGCAUGGGAACCAAACAAGCCAUUAGUGAUCGAGGAGGUGCAGGUGGCGCCGCCGGAAGCCGGAGAGGUCAGAGUCCAGAUCCUUUUUGCUGCUCUCUGCCAUACCGACGCCUACACCUGGAGUGGCAAGGAUCCUGAAGGUCUCUUCCCAUGUAUUCUUGGUCACGAGGCUGCAGGAAUAGUGGAAAGUGUUGGAGAAGGCGUUACUGAUGUUCAACCAGGAGAUCAUGUCAUUCCUUGCUACCAGGCAGAAUGUAAGGAAUGCAAAAUUUGCAAGUCUGGAAAGACAAAUCUAUGUGGAAAAGUAAGGUUAGCUACUGGAGCUGGAGUUAUGUUCAGUGAUCGCAAGUGUCGUUUCUCAAUCAAUGGAAAACCUCUUUAUCAUUUCAUGGGAACAUCAACAUUUAGCCAAUAUACUGUUGUCCACGACGUCAGUGUUGCAAAGAUUGAUCCUAAAGCACCUUUGGAGAAAGUGUGUCUCCUUGGCUGUGGUGUUUCAACGGGCCUUGGAGCAGUUUGGAAUACAGCAAAGGUAGAACCAGGUUCCAUAGUUGCUGUUUUUGGCCUUGGCACUGUUGGACUUGCUGUGGCAGAGGGUGCAAAAGCUGCUGGUGCUUCACGAGUAAUUGGAAUAGACAUCGACAGUAAAAAAUAUGAUAUAGCAAAGAAUUUUGGGGUCACUGAAUUUAUCAACCCAAAAGACCACGAGAAACCAAUACAGCAGAUUAUUGUGGAUAUGACAGAUGGUGGCGUCGAUUAUAGCUUCGAGUGCAUUGGGAAUGUCUCUAUAAUGAGGGCUGCUCUGGAGUGCUGCCAUAAAGGGUGGGGAACAUCAGUUAUCGUAGGUGUUGCAGCGUCUGGCCAAGAAAUCUCAACCCGGCCAUUUCAGCUUGUGACAGGUCGUGUCUGGAAGGGCACAGCUUUUGGUGGUUUCAAGAGCCGUUCUCAAGUCCCUUGGCUCGUCGACAAGUAUAUGAACAAAGAAAUCAAGGUCGAUGAAUACAUCACCCACAAUUUGACUCUCGUGGAGAUAAACAAAGCUUUUGAUCUGUUGCAUGGAGGAGACUGCCUCCGUGUGGUGCUGAAUAUGCAAGUUUGA